UUACCACACUCUUUGGUUAUAUUCGCUGGUAAAACAUCAAAAUUCAGUUCGAUUUUUAUUGGCAACAGAACCAUCAGAAGGGAACAGGAAAAGGCAGGAGUGGGCUAGCGCUAAACAUAAUCGUACCUCAGAUCAAGAUGUCCGACCUUUUGAGACCUGAUCAGGUUGAAGAACUGCGUAAGGUCUUCAAUGUGUUUGAUCUCGACCUGGACGGCCACAUUACGUUCAAUGAAUUGGGGUCCGUGAUGAAUUCGCUGGGACAGAACCCAUCAGAAGCUGAGAUACAGGACAUGAUCAACGAGGUCGACGUGGACGGUAAUGGUACGAUAGACUUCCCUGAGUUUCUCCAAAUGAUGUGCCGGCGCGACAAGCCCGUAGACCCAGUCGACGAGAUCAUACGUGCAUUCCGCGUGUUCGACACGGACGGUACAGGCUAUAUAGAUGCACGGAAAAUAGUGCAUGUCAUACAAGAGGUGUUAGGGGACGAGGUUACUAACGAGGAUGCCCAGGAGAUGAUCAAAGAGGCUGAUACGGAUAAAGAUGGACUGGUUAACUAUGAAGAGCUUAAAAACGCCUUCGAUUAUUUCGAUAUGGACAAGGAUGGUUCGAUCACGUGUGAGGAGCUUGGGACGGUGAUGCGGAGACUAGGUCAAAAUCCCACAAACGAUGAACUGAAGGACAUGAUACACGAGGUUGAUGAGGAUGGCAAUGGCAAGAUUGAUUUCGAAGAGUUCCUACAAAUGAUGCUUAAGCGGUCAGUGUCUCUAGCCGACCAAGAUGAAGAACUUAGAGAAGCAUUCCGUGUGUUUGAUAAGGAUGGAGAUGGCUAUAUCUCACGGUCCGAGUUGAAGCAAGUCAUGGCUAGUUUAGGGGAGCCGUUGACGGACGAUGAAUUAGACUCAAUGAUGCGGGAAGCUGACAUUGAUGGCGAUGGACAGGUCGACUAUGAGGAAUUUGUGAAAAUGAUGACUCCGCAAGGCAAAUGAAGUUGAUCAUGGACAUGGACAUGAGACGAAGACAUGGACUCUUCAAAGAACAACCUUAUUUAUUGCGUUAUUGUACAAAUUAAACAUACGACCACAGAGUUAAGAAACAGUCAAAACGUUCUGUAAAAAAAUCUAUCAAAAUUGUUUUAAAGGAAAAAGUGUUAAAUACAAAAUAUCCAUAGAACUUCGCCGACUCUUUAUAGAUUAUAUUGAAUUUAAAAGUUAUAUGUCUAUAAUGUAAAGUGUAUAAUGAAGCAAAAUCAAAACAUAUAUCGAUUUAAAUAGCUUUUCCUUUACAAAAUCUACAUAGAAAAACCUAUAUAAAUCUACUAUGAAGAUUCUGUAUCAACAAUUUUCUGUAUAGACUUCAGGACAUAUUAGCCUGUGAAGUUUUUCUUUGGAAGCAGCAUGUUAUGGUUCGGGUCAAAGGCAAGCAAUCCGUCCUUGUCGAAUGUAUUAAACCUGCCUGAAGCACCACAUGCGGGACACGUUUAUAUACUCGAUUGCUACGACUUCCGACCCACAAACAUAUUCUCAUUUUGAGAUAGAUCACAAGUCGUUGUUUUGAUUGAAGUUUCGGUGGACCGGGUAAUGACAGUGCACUUUUCGGCAUUGCUGAACCGGGAGAGACGAUUUUGAUCCAAAUACGAAAUAGUAAUCAUCCCUGAAUCUCCCCUAAAGUAUCGAACGACGGAAACUCUGGACUCGUGUAACCCCUACUCAGCUCUCACCGACUGCGCCUGUCAGAGUUGAACGUAUAAAUGUAAGCUAUUUCGCCCCCUGUGUUUUUCAUCUCUAUUCGUUAUCGUACAUUGUCUGUGAGGAACUUCGAAGGAGCUACGAUGUUCGUACCCAGAAAUAUUAAAAGAUAGAAAAAAAACGAUUUAUGAAAGGA